AUGGAAAUUAGCAUAAAGUGGAACAUAUGCCGUGUUUGUCUGCAAGAAGAGACCGAUUCUUAUAAGGCUCCCCCUGGCGGACAUAUGCAUUAUUUAUUUGACGAUAAUAGCGAAGAAUUCGCUAAGGAAAUAUACGAAUGCGUCGGGCUUACGAUAAGUCCUGACGAUAACUUACCGCAGAAGAUAUGUAGCCAUUGUUUGACAGUGUUAAGAUAUGCAGUCAAUUUUCGUAAAACUUGUCGAGAAUCUGAAGAAUAUUUACAAUCAGUUAUAGAACGCACAAAAUCGGCCAGCGCUCUCUUUAAAUUGGAUCGUAGACAAAAAAAUCGCUUACAUUUUUUGGAUGAAAAUGAUGAAAACUCUAUUCCAUAUUAUGAUAGCAAUGAAGAGGGCAGGUUAGUUGAUAGUGAGUCCGCAGAUUAUGUUAAAGCGGAUAUUAAAAAGCGAAAAUCCCGAGGUAAACGAUUUAGUGGUCAUAUACGAAAAUAUACUAAAAGAUCGUUAGAUUUGCCUACCUGUUCCAAAUUACUUCCAAUUAAGGAAAACGAUUUGUCGAGAACCGAGACAGAUCUUUAUAAGGAAGAGGAAGAAGAAGAACAAGACGACAUAAACGAGAUUAUCAUGGAAAAGGACAAUGACGGCAAACCUGCUGAAAACGAAGAAAUCAAAAUCAAUGAAUGUGAGAACGAAAAAGAAAAUGACGAUAUAAUUGAAGAAGACAAAGUUAUAGCUGAGACAUUCACUUCAAAAGAUCCUAAUACUGCAGAGCAUUCGCAAAAGUACACAGAAGAAAAUGAAAAUAAUCCAAAUGAGUCUUGUAUGGAAAGCGAUUAUAAUCAUAAUUCCCUUAGCCCCAAUAUGUUUGACUUUUCCAAUUUAUGUGAUUUUAUUACUAAAUUGACAAGCCCCGAAAACAAUAUAGAGAAAGAUUUUAUAACAGAGCGAUGUGACGACGAGCAUGACGACGAGCAUGACGACGAUAAUCAAGAUUCUGAUAAUACAGUAAAAGAAGAUGAUGAUAAGGACGAUUUAAUCGAAACUAAUCCAAGCAUUGAAAAUGCGGAAAAUGAAACAACUAAGCAAGAUUGUGAAAUAGAGGAAGAAGUUAAUUUAGAAGCUUUAGAAGAAUUUGAAAAUGUCGAGAUGACGCCUACAUCUCGUGAACAUUACGAUGAGAAACAUGAUGAUGAUGAUAAUCAAUUAUGCCUUAAACGUUUUACAACUGCCUGUUAUCUGCAAGCGCAUAUGCGUGUUCAUAUCGGAGAGAAAAAUUUCGACUGUCGUUUUUGUCGACGCCGUUCAACCGAUCGUAGCCCUCAUAUUAAACAAGAAAGAGUAUAUACAAAUGGAACUUGCGUUUUUUGUACCAAAUCGUCGCCAAAUUUUGUACUCCACUGA